AGGACCACAUCCAAGAGGUUCUGAACAAAUGGGAGCAGAUUGACGACGAAAUCUGGGCUAAGAUUAUCUGUAUGGAAAGGAAUCGCCGGGUUGCCAAAGCUUAUGCAAGAACUCCAGUACUAACAGUCAAUGGAUCCGACGAUGGAUUUGAUGGCUACAGGAUUGGACUUUGUGGUUUUGACAAUCCCAUGAGAGAUCCUAAAACAGAAGAGGUAAAGCGUAACAUAGGAAAUGGCGUGAAAAUCAAGAUGGACGGUGCUGGUAAUAUCAUGGUAAAGCGUUGUAGUAAAAGUAACGUUUUUGUCAAGGAGAUCUCUACCGAAGAAAAUACUAUAGCUUCUGAUGUCAUAAAAAAGAACGGCCUGCUAGAACUCGAUAAAGCAGUCAAGCUGUUUCACAUGAAGAAGUUUCAAGAAAAUAUUUCAAGAGAGUUAAAAAGAGCUUAUCCAGAUCGCAGGAAACUGGAGAGUCAGUGCAUCUCUACUGUGGCGUUUGUUAAAGAUUCUGCUGAGCUCCUUGAUUGUCCCUGCUGGAUAAUGAUCAUCAACAUUGUAGCUUUGGAUAUGUUGAAGUCUAAACUGCCACCAAAACAUCAGCUCCGAAUUCCUUAUCCAGUAUACGAACAAGUUUCCAAAAGGCGUAGCGCUCCCAGUUUAGCGAGUUUAUUUGAAAGAGGUCGCCUCCAGGCUCCCGAAGAGAAUCCUUAUAGUAUACCAUCGAAUAUUAUGAACAACGUAUCACGUAACUACAACAGUUCACGCGAAAAACCUCCUAAGCUACCACCACGUGACCUGUUACACUUUGCAGUGCCUACACCCGACUACGAAGACGACCAUGACGAAAAUAAAGCCAAACUGGCGCCAUUACCGCAGAAUGGCCGCAGCAGAAAGUCGAGCACCUACGACGACCCUUACUACUGUGGAUUCAAAGCCAGGGUGCCAAAUUACUCGAAAAAAAGUGUGGAACCCAUCAGAAAAACUCACAGUUCCAGUUACUUGAGCCUCCUCAGAUCUCAGGAAAAAGCUACGUACCACAUCAGUUUAGGUUCGGACGGUCUAGGUUCUUACGAAGAUGAGUAUGCUCGAAUCUAUACACCACUACGUGGCCCAGCACACCAUCAUUACCCCCCUAGAGAACUGUACAUGGGGAGAUGGGAGUAAUGUAUCAGCUCACGUGAAUAAGUGCUCAGUGACCAAUUGAAAUAAAAAUAAAUUAAAAGUGACUUAUCGAGUAAUGUUGGCCCACAUAUGUAAGCUCUCUAGGUCCUCUUUAACCAACCAACUGUAUCUGUACAAGAAGAUUUACGGUAGACCAUUAUUUUCCUUCCAGUGUGAUUUGUGAGACUCACUUUUUUUUUAUAAAGAGUUGUAUGUUAGUUUCUUUCCUCAGACAAGUGAUUCUAUUUGUAGGUUUAACAAUUUGUAUGUUUAAUGUUUUAUAUUUUGUUUUUUUUCCUGGGUAGAAUUGGUCAGGGGUAUCGUGUGUUUUCUUUAUCUAUACCUGAGUAGACAAAAAAGAAUUUAAUACUUUUGGUCCGACUUGUUUACUGUAGUAUUAAAUACCGUGAUGAACUCGAGUUGGACACGGAAAAAGCCGUUUUUGGGCCCUGUGAAGCUUGUAUAUAUACUUGUGUAAUCGUAGCGGCUUCCCAGGUGGCGCUCACUAGUGGCUUUAGGUGCGGUGACAACUGUUUGUAUCAUGUACAACAUUCGUUGUUCUUAAUGUAGAGAGUCUUAAGACGGUCACGUAAAAUGUAUUGUACAAUCACAUCUUUCGUCUACGUUUUAGUUUGUUUCACAAAUACCAAAGAGUCUGGACAACCACCAACUUCCAUAUCGAGAGAUGUUAUCUUCAGUCUAUUCCGUUUUCAUCCAUAGGUAGCGGAACAAAUUUAAAUUUGAGGGCGCCACUUUAUUUUCUAUGUUAACUGUGAGAAUUAAAUUUAAAGUUGAAGCCGUCAGUUUCCCUGAUAAUUUUACGGAUGUAUCUAUUCCCCAUUCAAAGGGCAUUUUGCUAUUAAGUCAGAAACAUUUGGGGGCUCGUGUCCCCAGAAUCACCCCCCCCCCAGUUCCACCAUCUAUGUUCUCAUCAUAGCUUAUAAUGUUUUGCUGGAUAUGAAUAAUUCAUAUUAAACCAUUUAGAGGAUUGGUAAAAGUAUUAACCGUUCAUGUUUCUUCAAGAUAGAACUUUCUAUUUUAUAGAAUGGUUAUAAAAAUAAAAGCUGUAAUACGUCAUAUUUUCUUGGAAAUUCACACAGUAUACACAUUGCAGUGAGGACUUUUCUUAUGGGUUGGUUCUUGGUCCACGACGAGAACCAAAGUGUUCUUGCUCUGUAUUAAUCACUUUUUUUUUAUUGGUGUCAUUAGAUAACAUGGUUACUUGGAAGAUCCAGUAAGUCAGUAACAUU